AUGACCAUUUGUGUGAACGCUUCUACGAAAACGCCGAAUUCCAUUCAUUCUUUUCGUACAGACAACCUGUGCUACCUGACACACGGUGGGUCGUCCGAGACGUUCACAGUCAACGAAGCCUUUCCAGUUGAGAGUAUCAUAGGCAGGCUCCAGGUGGUCGGCAACGCUAGCGAACCCAACGGUGACAUCGAGCUGCGCAUGGCCGACCCGGAGGGGUCGCCGUUGACCUUAUUGCCGGGAACCAAGAGUCUCGUGCUGCGGCAGAAGCUGGACAAGGAAGGCCGUGAUGGACUGCGCUCCGUCACCACCGACGUCAUCUGCUCCCCGAGGCACACUCGCAAAAGCGACCACCUGAGCAUCACUGUUCCGGUUCGAAUAAUAGUUACGGAUGCCAACGACAACGCUCCGGAAUUCCAGGGUACACCUUACUUCCUCAAUAUAAGCGAGAGCACAGUUCCUGGUACCACGGUUAUGCAAGGCAUUCGAGCCGUGGACAAGGACCAGCCUGGUCCUUUCAGCACGGUCGAGUACUACGUCGACGAGGGACCACACUCGCACCUGCUGGCCUUCGAGAAUAAAUGGGAAGGAACACUGCUGCUCAUCGAUAAGCUGGACCACGAGUCACUCCCCAAAUUCACAAUUACUCUAAGGGCCCAGGACCAGGGUAACCCCCCGCAAAGCUCCCAUACAACUCUGGUGGUGGUGGUGCAUGACGCCGACGACCAGAACCCCAGGUUCGGAGCGGAGAGUUACUUUGUCCGGUUGCGCAACAACACUCGCCUGGGCACACCGCUGAACGUGAAGCCAAGCAAAAUAGAAGCAGAAGAUCCUGACGAAGAGAUCAAGGCUCCAAUCAAGUACACGUUUAACUCAGAUGCCAACGAGUACUCCUACUUCGACUUGCACCCUCAGACGGGUCCACGUGUCCCUGGUACGGCCUCUGCCCGAGGAUUCGCGCUGCCGGUGACGUUGGUGGUGCGAGCUACGCAGCACGACAACCCGGAUCGCUUCGCGCUCACCACGCUCACGCUCACAGCCGACAAGUUCCCGCCUCAUGUGUUGCACUUCAUACAGGACGAGUACGAGGUUCGUGUACUAGAGAGCACUCCCCCUGGACAGACGCUGUUGACGGUGCGGACGACGCGGAGCGGUUCCGACAAAGGAGGCGCCCACUUCGAACUCAUGGACGAAGGCAAUGACGACGCAGCAGCAUUCGCCAUCCACACCUCAGGAGAUUUAAUUCUUGCGAAGCCUCUGGACUAUGAAAUGAAACAGUUUUAUACACUAAAGCUUCGCGCAUCUGACGGCAAGCACAGCGACAUAGCCCGGGUCAACGUCAGCGUACUGAACGUGAACGACAACGACCCACAGUUCAGUCAGCCACGGUACUCGUUCGUGCUCACCGAGCCGGACACCGUGCGCCAGGGUUCUCUUGUGGGUCAAGUUCAGGCAUCGGACGCGGACGCCGGUGACUCUGUGCAGCUAGCCAUCGAUGGACCUUCGGCGCGCCUAUUCACUAUUGACAACCAGGGAGAGGUGCGUAUCCGCGACCUCGACUACCUGAACUCAUCGCGCAUGCACCUCGUGGUGGUGGCGACUGACAGCGGUGUCCCACCCCGGAAGUCUACGGCGCUGGUCGAGGUGCAGUUUCCCGAGGCCCUGGUAAUUAGCAGCAGUGUCCUGGCUCCCAGAGAAGACGAGGGCAGUUUUGUUAUUAUAACCGUCUUCGGCGCUCUUCUUGGAUCCUUGCUGCUUGUCAUCAUCACGCUCACAGUGUACAUUACUCAAAAAUAUUGCAGUGUUAAACCGUGA